AUGUCAAAUGAGGAUCAUCCGAAAAAACGAGCCAAAAAGGCUCCACCGCAUGAAUGUACUGUAAUUUUGAUUGAUGUUGGAGCAAAUAUGAGUAGAGAAGGGGUUGCAACCACAGACAUGCAAUUAGCAAAGGAUACCGUAGAAUGGAUCAUAACAAGAAAGAUAUUUACCGAGUCAGUUGAUAAAUUUACACUGAUGCUUUUCGGCUCAGAAGUAACACAAAAUCCAAUUACAACCGAUGAAAAUAUCUUUUUUUAUGUGGAAGAGAUGCAACAAGCUAAAAUUGAUUGGUUGCGGUUUAUUGAUAAAGAAAUUAAACCGAGUAAAUCAACUAAUGGUGACUUCCUAUCUGCGCUAAUUGCAGCGCUAGAUUAUAUGCGAAAUCAUCUGGAAAACUAUCCGGAAAGUAAUAUUACUGUACGAAAUAUUCUUCUGGUAACAAAUCUUGGUGGUUUUGAUGGAAAUAUGGAUGAAGAAUGCAUAGAAACAAUUAUAAAUGGCAUGAAAGCACUUGAAAUCAAUUUUAAUGUUGUAGGUCCAUCAUUUGGAAAGUUAAGCAAACCUAAGGACGAGAUCAUUUCAACUGAAGAAUCAGCCAUAGAACUAGAAGAAUCAAAACUGUCUAAUACAACGCAGUCGUUCAAAAUGGAACCAGCUGAACGUAUAUUGACAGAUAUUUUGACACAAACUGAUGGUGUCAUUUAUUCUUUUGCUGAAGCUUUACCAGUGCUGCAACGCUUUGUGCCUCGAAAAGUGAAAGUUCGUGGUCAAAAAUUUUAUCUGGAACUGGGGAUUGAUUUCAAAUUGCCUUUACAAAUGUAUAAAAAGAUUCAGCCAGCUAAUUUCAAACUUGCUACACAGAAGUAUGCAUCGAUAACCGAUGUUCAGCUGAAACGUAAAACAGUAUAUGAAAAAUGUGUAAAAGAUGAGAAAGUUGACGAUGGCGAUGGCAGUGCUGAUAGUAACUUAUCUCAGGGAUCUAGUUCAAAAAUAUCUAAAGAACAAACUAUAAAAGGAUAUAAAUUUGGAACAACAAUUGUUCCUUACAAUGAAGAAGAUCAAAAAGAAUAUGGGUGGAAACCGGAAAAUCGUUGUUUGAAGCUCAUACAAUUUGCGAAGAGAUCUCAAAUAUUGGAACAUUAUAUGAUGGAUGGUGGCGCUUGUUAUUUUAUUCCACCAGCUCUCGAUAGGAGUGCAUGCAUUGCUAUAUCAGCACUUGUAAAUGCGAUGAUCGCUGAAGAUAGUGUUGCUUUAACUCGAUAUGUUUAUAGUGCUGCAUCACAUCCUCGAAUCAUGGGUCUAUUUCCAAGAAGGAGUAAGAGAGGAGUCGAUAUGUUUGUGGGCAUUAAAUUGCCAUUUUAUGAAGAUUUUCGUGGACUUGAUUUUCCGCAGCUGAAUAGUCCUACAACUGAACCAAAAAGCGAUGACCUUAAGGCAAUGCAUGCACUUGUCGAAGCAAUGGAUCUCACUAAGGCUCAUUUUAAUUCGGAAACAGGACAAUUUGAGGAAUCUCUACGUCCGCGUGAUGUACCCAAUCCAAAAUUGCAAAAUGUUUGCAAUGCUAUGAAGUAUCGUGCAUUACAUCCAAAUAUACCAUUGCCUGCUUUCGACGAUAAAUUACUGGGUGGUUUGCUUGAGCCGAAUGCUUUUCUACUGAAGCGUGCAAAUGAAUCAUUGAAUUAUCUGAAAGCUAACUUUCCAACAAUUGAAUCACCAAGCAAAAAACAACACGUAAAAGAAGGCAAGGAAGAAAUAUUACCCGUAAUAAGAAUAGAUAAUAGUGUGCUACCAGAAAGUAGCAAAUUUAUAAAAACCGAUGAAAUGGAUGUGUGA